UUAGAGAGUAUUGAUACCUCCCAGAAGCAAGAGCUAUGGCGAGAGAAGUGGGAGAGGAACAAUUUGCCAAGCAGAAGCCUCUCUCGGCGUUCCAUCAGCAAGGAGAGAUGGGUGGAGACUCUGGUGGUGGCUGACACGAAGAUGAUUGAGUAUCAUGGGAGUGAGAACGUGGAAUCCUAUAUCCUCACUAUCAUGAACAUGGUCACUGGGCUGUUUCAUAACCCAAGCAUUGGCAAUGCAAUUCACAUUAUUGUGGUUCGGCUCAUUCUACUUGAAGAAGAAGAGCAAGGACUGAAAAUAGUUCAUCAUGCAGAGAAGACACUGUCUAGCUUCUGCAAAUGGCAGAAGAGCAUCAAUCCCAAGAGCGACCUUAAUCCCGUUCAUCAUGAUGUGGCCGUCCUUCUCACCAGAAAAGACAUCUGUGCUGGUGUCAAUCGUCCCUGUGAAACCCUGGGUCUAUCUCACCUGUCGGGAAUGUGCCAGCCUCACCGGAGUUGUAACAUCAAUGAAGACUCAGGACUCCCUUUGGCUUUCACGAUUGCUCAUGAGCUCGGACACAGCUUCGGCAUCCAGCAUGAUGGAAAGGAAAACGACUGUGAGCCCGUGGGCAGGCACCCAUACAUUAUGUCCCGCCAGCUCCAGUAUGACCCUACCCCACUGACAUGGUCCAAAUGCAGCAAGGAGUAUAUCACCCGCUUCUUGGACCGAGGUUGGGGUUUCUGUCUUGAUGACAUACCCAAAAAGAAAGGCUUGAAGUCCAAGGUCAUUGCCCCGGGAGAAAUCUAUGAUGUUCACCACCAAUGCCAGCUACAGUAUGGACCCAAUGCUACCUUCUGCCAAGAAGUAGAAAAUGUCUGCCAGACACUGUGGUGCUCCGUGAAAGGCUUUUGUCGCUCUAAACUGGACGCUGCUGCAGAUGGGACGCGCUGUGGUGAGAAGAAGUGGUGUAUGGCUGGCAAAUGCAUCACAGUGGGGAAGAAACCAGAGAGCAUUCCUGGAGGCUGGGGCCGCUGGUCACCCUGGUCCCACUGUUCCAGGACCUGUGGGGCUGGAGCCCAGAGUGCAGAGAGGCUCUGCAACAACCCUGAACCAAAGUUUGGAGGGAAAUACUGCACUGGAGAAAGAAAACGUUAUCGUUUGUGCAAUGUCCACCACUGUCGCCCAGAUGCACCAACGUUUCGGCAGAUGCAAUGCAGUGAGUUUGACACUGUUCCCUACAAGAAUGAGUUCUACCACUGGUUUCCUGUUUUUAAUCCAGCACAUCCUUGUGAGCUCUACUGCCGACCCAUAGAUGGCCAGUUUUCUGAGAAAAUGCUGGAUGCUGUCAUUGAUGGUACCCCUUGCUUUGAAGGUGGCAACAGCAGAAAUGUCUGUAUUAAUGGCAUAUGUAAGAUGGUCGGCUGUGACUAUGAGAUUGAUUCCAAUGCCACGGAGGACCGCUGUGGCAUAUGCCUUGGAGAUGGCUCUGCCUGCCAGACCGUGAGAAAGAUGUUUAAGCAGAAAGAAGGAUCUGGCUAUGUUGACAUCGGACUCAUUCCUAAAGGAGCAAGGGACAUAAGGGUAAUGGAAAUUGAGGGAGCUGGAAACUUCCUGGCCAUCAGGAGUGAAGACCCUGAGAAAUAUUACCUCAAUGGAGGAUUUAUUAUCCAGUGGAAUGGGAACUAUAAGCUGGCAGGGACCAUCUUUCAGUAUGACAGGAAAGGAGACCUGGAGAAGCUGAUGGCCACAGGUCCCACCAACGAGUCAGUGUGGAUCCAGCUCCUGUUCCAGGUGACUAACCCUGGCAUCAAGUAUGAGUACACAAUCCGGAAGGAUGGCCUUGACAAUGAUGUGGAGCAGCUGAUGUACUUCUGGCAGUACGGCCAUUGGACAGAGUGCAGUGUAACCUGUGGGACGGGUAUCCGCCGCCAGACUGCCCAUUGCAUAAAGAAGGGUCGUGGGAUGGUGAAAGCUACAUUCUGUAACCCAGAAACACAGCCCAAUGGGAGACAGAAGAAGUGCUAUGAAAAGGCUUGUCCACCCAGGUGGUGGGCAGGGGAAUGGGAAGCAUGUUCUGCAACGUGUGGGCCUCAUGGAGAGAAGAAGCGAACAGUGUUGUGCAUCCAGACCAUGAGCUCUGACGAGCAGGCUCUCUUGCCAACAGACUGCCAGCACCUGCUGAAGCCCAAGACCCUCAUUUCCUGUAACAGAGACAUCCUGUGUCCAUCAGACUGGACAGUGGGCAACUGGAGUGAGUGUUCUGUUUCCUGUGGUGGCGGAGUGCGGAUUCGCAGUGUCACAUGUGCCAAGAACCAUGAUGAACCUUGCGACGUGACAAAGAAACCCAACAGUCGAGCUCUAUGUGGCCUCCAGCAAUGCCCAUCUAGCCGAAGAAUUCUGAAACCCAACAAAGGCACAAUUUCCAAUGCGAAAAAUCCACCACCAACUGAUCAAGACCCCCUAAAACCCGUCCCUCCACCUACAUCUGGACCCCAAAUGCUGACCACACCCACAGGGCCUGAGUCUAGGAGUACAAGUACUCUGGCAGCCAGCAGCCCUAGUUCUACCACAACCUCCAAAGGAGACCUUGAUGGGAAACUAUGGCACAAUAGUACAACCCAACCUGAACUGAACUCCCAUAAUCUCAUUUCUGCUGGAAGCACCUCCCAACCCAUCCUCACUUCCCAGGCUUUUAGCAUCCAGCCGAAUGAUGAAAAUGUUUCCAGUUCAGAUACUGGUCCUACCUCAGAGGAAGACCUUGUAGCUACAACAGGCGGUUCUGACUUGUCAUCUUACAACAACCCUGUGACUUGGCCGGUGACUCCAUUUUACAAUACCUUAACCAAAGAUCCAGAAAUGGAGAUUCACAGUGGCUCAGGGGAAGACAGUGACCAGCCAGAGAACAAAGAUGAAAACAACCCUGUGAUAUGGACCAAGAUCAGAGUAGCUGGAAAGGAAGCUCCAACAGGAAAAAGUACAGAAAUGCCACUUGGGCCUCCACCAACACCAUAUCUCAGUGAAGAGUCCCUGUGGCCACCCUACAGCACAGUGAUGGAGGGGCUGCUCCCCAGCCAGAGGCCCAAUCCUCUCAAAAAUGGGACACCCAGAGCUAAGGGGAUGGUUACCGAAACGCCAGUGCCAGCUAGCACUCCCCUCUCUCUGGGGGGAAACCACCAGCCAGUGCCCUCGGGAAAGUCAGUAAACCUUAACCACCUGGAAUUUCCAAACAAUAUUAAUCUAACACAAACCUCUGAACCAGUUCUGACGGAGGAAGAUGCGACAAGUCUGAUUGCUGAAGGCUUUUUGCUAAAUGCCUCCAAUUACAAACCGUUCACCAAGAGCCACAGCCCCGCAUAUUGGAUUGUUGGAAACUGGAGUGAGUGCUCCACCACGUGUGGUCUGGGGGCCUACUGGAGAAGGGUGGAGUGCAGCACUCAGAUGGAUUCUGACUGUGCAACCAUCCAGAGGCCUGACCCUGCUAAGAGAUGCCACCUCCGUCCCUGUGCCGGCUGGAAAGUGGGCAACUGGAGCAAGUGCUCCAGAAAUUGCAGCGGGGGCUUCAAGAUCCGUGAGAUUCAGUGCAUGGACAGCCGGGACCACCGGAGCCUGAGGCCAUUUCACUGCCAGUUUCUGGCUGGCAUUCCUCCUCCACUGAGCGUGAGCUGUAACCCUGAGCCCUGUGAGGAGUGGCAGGUGGAACCCUGGAACCAGUGUUCCAGGUCCUGUGGAGGGGGAGUUCAUGAGAGAGGAGUGUCUUGUCCAGGAGGCCUCUGUGAUUGGACAAAAAGGCCCACAUCCACGGAACCCUGCAAUGAGCAUCUCUGCUGUCACUGGGUUACUGGGAAUUGGGACCUGUGCACCACUUCCUGUGGAGGUGGCUUUCAGAAGAGGACUGUCCAUUGUGUCCCCUCAGGGAGCAAUAAAACUAAAGAUCAUGACCAGUGCCUGUGUGAUCAUGAACCCAGACCUCCAGAAUCCCAAAAGUGCAACCAGCAGGCCUGCAGGAAGAGUGCUGAUUUACUUUGCACCAAGGACAAGCUGUCAGCCAAUUUCUGCCAGACACUAAAAGCCAUGAAGAAAUGUUCUGUGCCCACUGUGAGGGCUCAAUGCUGCUUCUCGUGUCCCCAGAUGCACAUUACCCACUCCCAAAGGCAAAGAAAGCAACAGUUGCUGAAAAACCCCAAAGCACUCUAA